AUGUGCCACGAGCACAUUCAUGCAUGUCCAGCAUGGAGAAAGGAGCACCCAUGUUAUGACUGUAUCUUUGUUAACGUGAAUCCGGACCUUGACGAAAUGAGGGGUAUGGAUGUUGCUCGAGUACUGACCUUUUUCUCUUUUACUUACAGGACUGAGACAUAUCCAAGUGCAGUUGUGCGAUGGUUUGACACCCUCGGAGAUUCACCUGAUGAAGAUACAGGGAUGUGGGUGGUGCAGCCUGCUCACCAUGCCAAUCAUGCCCCCAACAUAUCUAUCAUUCAUGUUGACUCAAUCUACCACGCCUCUCACCUUAUUCCCGUCUAUGGUAGCCAAUUCAUUUCCCUCAACCUCUGGCACUACCAAACCUAUGAUUCCUUCCGAAAAUUUUAUGUUAACAAAUAUGCUGAUCACCGCACAUUUGAAAUCGUGUCCUAA